UAGUUGAAAUGGAAAUUCAACACAAUCACGAUAAAUUGGAGAUGAAAGAGGUAGAGGCCGCAAUUUCCGAAUCGAAAAAAAAAGCGACGAAGGAGAGAAAGCGAGUGAACAAAAAAUCUUGCCCAUCGACUUCGGUCGAAAAUCAGCCUUGCCCAGCCAUCACCAUCGAAAAUGAACCUCGCGCAUCCACCUCGGCCGAAAAUCAGACUUGCCCAGAUACCACCAUUGAAAACCAGCCUUGCGCAUCCACCUCCAUCGAAAAUCAGUCUUACUCAGCGGCCACUACCGUCAAAAAUCAGUCCUUCGCAUCCACCUUGGUCGAGAAUCAGCCUUUCCCAACCACAACCGUCGAAAAUCAGCCGUGCCUAUCCACCUCCAUCGAAAAUCAGUUUUUAUCAUCCACCUUCAUCGAAAAUCAGUUAUUCUCAUCCACCUCCAUCGAAAAUUUGUUUUUUCCAUCUACUUCCAUCCAAAAUCAGUCUCUUCUCUCAGACGAAGUUGAGAAGAAAAAAAUGUACAUGGCGAUACAACCGCUUCUGGAAAAUUAUAUUGACAGCCUCUUCGACAACUCAGUACAAGAGCGGGUACAGAAAAACCUCGAAGGAGUAAUCGAUCUCUUGAAACGAUUUCAAGAAUCGCAUAUAAACCAAAAUAUUGGCACCGAGGUUAUAGCCGACACUGACAUCGCCAACUUACCGAUAAUUACGGAGUUCGAGUUGACGACAUAUUCAACGGCGGGUGAUAAAGAUGGGACGGAACUAAAAAAUAUUACCCGGAAAACAGAAGAUGAGGGCGGUGAUACAUUUCAAAUUGAUCAAAUCAUAAUGCCGAAGAAAGUACAAGCGAAAGGCCGACCGAAAGGUGCUGCUUUAACGGCAAUCGGGCUACAUCGACAAGCACAUGCACCAAAAAAAUUUUCUGCUCAGCACGUCGAUAAAAAACGAAGAGAUAUUUUGAAAUUUUUAUGUGUCGACGAGCACAAAAUAGAAGCCGCACGAGAAGGUGAAUAUUCUAUCGUAGAGAAGGAUAUCGACCUUAUUCAUUUGCCGGACUCCCUCGUCGAUAAAUCGGUUGACAUAAGAUUGGUCGAGCCAUAUUUUGAAGGAAAAACAUUUAUUUCGCUAACGAAAGCGAUUGAAGAGAAGAAGAAUAGCGGUGUAUUCACUUGUGGCAUCUGUAAGGAGAGCGCAACGGACAAGUGUGUGCUGUGCGACCAAUGCUUACUUUGGCAUCAUUUUGAAUGCGCGGGUUUAAAACGAGCACCGAGAGCGAGCUCGUGGUUUUGCCUUCAGUGCAAAGACUAAAUGAAACUAAAAUCGGUUUUUUUUUCGUAAUUUUCGUCCAGUUUUUUUCUUUAAAUAAUUUGAAGACAUAAGUAGCAUAUAUAUAUUGAAUAAAAAAAAAGGCAAUAAAGAAAUAUUAACUUAUUAUCUUA